AUACCCACUGCAACAACCCAGCCUCUAAUCAUGGUGGCAACAACACCUAUACUUAAUGCAACAACCCAACCCUUAACUACGACUACAUCACUCAUACCUACUACAACCACCCAACCCCCAACCACGACUACAACUACAAUGACGGCUAUACCAACUGCAACAACCCCACCAAUAAGCAUGGCGGCAACAGCACCUAUACUAAAUGCAACAACCCAACCCUUGACUAGAACUAUAACGAUGGAUAUACCCACUGCAACAACCCAACCUCUAAGCAUGGUGGCAACAACACCUAUACUUAAUGCAACAACCCAACCCUUGACUGCUACUACAACACUCAUGGCUACUACAACAACCCAACCCCAAACCACAACUAUCCCUCCACUUGCAACCACACUAGGGUCAACUACAACCACCCAACCCCCAACCACGACUACCACUACAAUGACGGCUAUACCAACUGCAACAACCCCACCAGUAAGCAUGGCGGCAACAGCACCUAUACUUAAUGCAACAACCCAACCCUUGACUACAACUAUAACGACUGAUAUACCCACUGCAACAACCCAGCCUCUAUUCAUGGUGGCAACAACACCUAUACCUAAUGCAACAACCCAACCCUUGACUACGACUACAACACUCAUACCUACUACAACAACCCAACCCCAAACCACAACUAUCCCUCCACCUGCAACCACACUAGUGUCAACUACAACCACCCAACCCCCAACCACGACUACAACUACAAUGAUGGCUAAACCCACUACAACAACCCAACCUCUAAGCAUGGUGGCAACAACACCUAUACUUAAUGCAACAACCCAACCCUUGACUGCUACUACAACACUCAUGGCUACUACAACAACCCAACCCCAAACCACAACUACCCCCACACCUUUAACCUCACCAGUGUCAACUACAACCACCCAACCCCCAACCACGACUACAGCUACAAUGACGGCUAUACCCACUGCAACAACCCCACCAAUAAGCAUGGCGGCAACAGCACCUAUGCUAAAUGCAACAACCCAACCCUUGACUAGAACUAUAACGACGGAUAUACCCACUGCAACAACCCAACCUCUAAGCAUGGUGGCAACAACACCUAUACUUAAUGCAACAACCCAACCCUUGACUGCUACUACAACACUCAUGGCUACUACAACAACCCAACCCCAAACCACAACUACCCCCACACCUUUAACCUCACCAGUGUCAACUACAACCACCCAACCCCCAACCACGACUACAGCUACAAUGACGGCUAUACCCACUGCAACAACCCCACCAAUAAGCAUGGCGGCAACGACACCUAUACCUAAUGCAACAACCCAACCCUUGACUACGACUACAACACUCAUACCUACUACAACAACCCAACCCCAAACCACAACUGUCCCUCCACCUGCAACCACACUAGUGUCAACUACAACCACCCAACCCCCAACCACGACUGCAACUACAAUGAUGGCUAAACCCACUACAACAACCCAACCUCUAAGCAUGGUGGCAACAACACCUAUACUUAAUGCAACAACCCAACCCUUGACUACGACUACAACACUCAUACCUACUACAACAACCCAACCCCAAACCACAACUGUCCCUCCACCUGCAACCACACUAGUGUCAACUACAACCACCCAACCCCCAACCACGACUGCAACUACAAUGAUGGCUAAACCCACUACAACAACCCAACCUCUAAGCAUGGUGGCAACAACACCUAUACUUAAUGCAACAACCCAACCCUUGACUACUACUACAACACUCAUGGCUACUACAACAACCCAACCCCAAACCACAACUACCCCCACACCUGCAACCACACCAGUGCCAACUACAACCACCCAGUCCCCAACCAUGUCUACAAUGGCGGCCACAGCCCAACUCCCAACAACUUCACUUAUUACAAUCUCCACUACAAAUUCAACAUAUGCUUCAAGACCAGGUUUUAUUGUUGCUCUGAAUGGGAAGAUAUCUAUAAGAUAUAAGCCACUGAAAAAUGAGUAUGCAACCAUUGAAAAACAGAUUAAAGAUGAACUGGUCAGACGAGGACUGCCAUCAACUAUGAGUGUUAGCCUCUUUUGCCCCGUUUCAGAACGAAUGGUCGAUCUACCCUGAGUAGAAAGCUGCUGAGUAGUUCUACCUCAUUCUGUCACUUUCUGUUUCCGAACAGGUGAUAUCAAUCAGGUAAUUAAACGCAGCGUCCUGUCAACCCUGAGUUAGGCGCGAGCCCGAGCAUGAAAUAAUCCCUCAUCAAUGGAACACAGAUAACGCAGUUCACCAUGACAAGAAAUAAGAACCCUGGAAGUUCGCAUUUCCCGCGAGUAGAAAUAGAAAUCUUUAGUAAAGGUAUGGGCUGCACAGUGUCGCAGUGGGUAGCACUGUUGCCUUGCAGC